AUGAAUAAUCCUCGUGAUUUUCUCAUCAAUAAUCAAGGGCUCGCGAAGACACCUUUGGGAAAAGUGAUGUAUUCCGAGCCUCGUCGUGGCGCCAGAAUCGAACGGAUCCCUGUACAUGAGGAAGACACAUCAGCAGAAUUAUUAGAGUUUGAUAUAACAGCUUUUGCCUUAUUGUCGAAAUCGAGCAGCAGAGACACAAUAAAUCUAGAAAUCAUCUCUGAAAUGAUUGACAAACUGCGGGUCAAAACACUAGUGAUGACAGAAUUUCAGUAUACUCGAAAAUAUCACGAAUAUUUCAGAAACAUCCCUUCCCGUAGCAAGAAACCAGAAUCAAAUACUGAUACGGAGGAUUUACUGGUUAGGCACAGAGAAAUACGUAAACAAGAAGCUCUAGAAAUCAUCUUGCAAUACCAGAAGGCCCAAAUGCAAAAGAAGAAGUACAAAUAA